AUGUCUGGGGUGAUCGAUUUUGUCGGUUCCAGAGUUGUUCACAUGGUCAGCAGCUUUGCCGGCUUAUGGGGUGCAUGGAUUGAAGGUCCUCGCAUGGGUCGAUUCAACAGCGAUGGCAAGCCUGUGUGUUUAGGUGGACAUAGUUGUACAUUGGUCGUACUAGGAACAUUUUUGCUAUGGUUCAGCUGGUAUGGUUUCAAUCCAGGUUCAUUCAUCACCAUCUUCAAAACUUGCGCACAAACCGGUUAUUUCUAUGGACAAUGGAGCGUCACCGGAAGAACCUCCGUAACGAUGAUGAUUGCGGGAUGUUUGUUCGCUUUGACAACACUCUUCGGCAAAGGUUUGCUCACUGGUCAUUGGAAUGUAACCGCAUGGACUGUUCAUGGGAGGCGGAGCACGGUUGUUGGAGGGGCAAUUGAUCCAGAUUUUGGUGGUGGUGAGGUGGGUGAGCGCCACCAUGGGGGCAUUGUUUUUGGUACUGCAUAAGCUGGGGCUUUUGAGGAUAUUGGCUGACAAGGAGAUGGCCAGAAUCGAUGUGACUAGCCAUGGAGGAUUGGCCUAUGAAUUUCAUAAAGCUAAUGAUAAAACAACGAAAAGUUCGUUUAUGAUGACGAUAUGUAUACCUCUACUGUUUGAU